AUGGAAAAUUUGUCAGGCUUGCGAUUUUUACUUGUUUUUAACAAAGGACCGAAGCUUGUUAUGAUUUCAGACAAAGAUGCCAUUAAACAAAUCUUCACAGCCGAAUUUCCAAAAAGCGAGAUUUACAAAACUUUUAGAAUGAAUGAGGGAUCUGAAACAUUAUUUUCUUCAACUGAUAGAACCUUUCAUAAACAACGUCGUCGAGUAAUUUCUCCUGCGUUCUCCAUAAAAUACAUUGCAUCAUUAGAGAAAUUGAUGUUAACUUGUAUAAAAGAUUUAGUUUAUAAUGUUGAUGAAAUGUUAAAAAGUAAAGGUGAUGUUUUGAAUAUUGUUAAUCUUAUUCAGAUUUGUACAGUGGAUAUAAUUGGUGAAACAUCAUUUGGCGGGAGGUUUAACAGUAUCAAAGCUGGUGAACAUCCUUUGCCCGAAAAAGUUUGGAAAGAAUUAAAAAGAAGACUGAUGAGAACAUUAUUUCCGCUGUUAAAACCUUGGUUAAUAGAAGAUCCAUACUUAAAAAAUAUUUCUUAUAACUUAAUCAAAACUCGUCGAGAAGGAACUAAUCCAAAAACCGAUAUUUUACAAAUUUUAUUAAAUACCUUUGAAAUUGAAACAGAUCAACCUAAAGAUAAGAUGAAACAAAGUGAAAAUGAAAAUAGAAUGACAGACCUUGAGGUCUAUGAUCAGAUCGUAGAAUUUUUAAUUGCUGGAACAGACACUGUUUCGUUUACAACGGCAAUGACAAUUGUUCAACUUUCUAAAAAUCCACAAAAAUUAUUAUUCCUUGUUAAAGAGUUGGAUGAGGUUUUGAGCAUCGAUGAACUGCCUACUCAUGAUAAAUUAAAGGACUUGAAAUAUUUGAAUGCCGUUAUUAGUGAAACUAUGAGAUUGUGGCCUGUUUUUUUGGACGGAGGUAUUGGAAGAACUCCAGAAAAAGAUACAAUAUUUGGCAAAUAUAUGAUUCCCAAAAAUACAAAUUUAGUUUUGAACAUUUACGAUCUCCACCAUGAUCCAAAUUAUUGGGGUGAAAAUGUUGAAGAGUUUAUACCUGAAAGAUGGCUGGAGCCUGAAAAUAUUCCACGUGAUGUGUAUUAUCCAUUUUCUUCAGGUUGA